GCGCUGCUCCGGCACCUCCUCCGUGCCGCUGCGCUAUCGCCAUGGGGACCGAUUGUGGCGGCGCGAAGUGACAGUGCGCGGGGCGCCAGCCCUGCCUUGUUUGCUCUUCGGCGUGGGCUGCGCCGGCGCAGCGGCUGAAGGUCCUCCGGUCCCUCGCGUCUUACUCAAAGCGGGACUGUACUCGAUUGCAGAGAAGACCCCUAUGACAGAUCUCGUACCCUCCGGUUGAAGUGGGCUUGCGUUACCCUCCGAUCUGAGGAAGCUUGCCUCCUUCGUAACAUGACUAUAAGGUGGUUCUGCUGCCUGGAAUGCAGACACUGAGGUUCCAGAAUCCUGGGGAAGAAAGAUGCUCCAGACUAGCAAUUACAGCCUGGUGCUCUCUUUGCAGUUCUUAUUGUUGUCCUACGAUCUCUUUGUCAACUCCUUCUCGGAAUUGCUUCGCAUGGCUCCUGUCAUCCAGCUUGUACUUUUCAUCAUUCAAGAUAUUACCAUCCUCUUCAAUGUUAUCAUCAUCUUCCUCAUGUUCUUCAACACCUUUGUCUUCCAAGCCGGCCUGGUUAAUCUUCUGUUUCACAAAUUUAAAGGGACUAUUGUCCUGUCAGCAGCAUAUCUUGCUCUGAGUAUAUCUUUUCACAUAUGGGUCAUGAACCACCGCUGGAAAAAUUCAAACCAGUUUGUAUGGACUAAUGGACUGCAGACUCUGUUUGUUUUCCAGAGACUGGUGGCUGUGCUAUACUACUAUUUCUACAAGAGGACAGCUGUUCAUCUGGGGGACCCGCGUUUCUACCAAGACUCUCUUUGGUUACGGAAAGAGUUUGCUCAAGUCCGCAGCUGAGAGCUACUUCUGAAUUAUAUGGAGCUGCUGGAAUGUUAAAGAGACCUUAAUCAGUAUCUUGGAGCAAGUUCUCUCUCUUUUUUUUUUAUAGUCUGAUGAUUUUAUAGUCUGAUGAUUUUUAAAUCAUCUUAUGAGAUGAUUUAAUGCAUGAUACUAUUCUUCUGUGGAGUCUCUGUCACUACAUAUCAGCUUCCAUGCAUCCUCUCAGAUCUCCAUACUGCACUUUCAGGAGUUGGUUGCAAUUUUAUUGAGGAAUAUCUGAAGUGCCAAAUUGGUUUGGCUGAGAACUCUGAGUAGCAGUGCUGCAGUUUCUUUUGACAAAUGGAUUCCGUCAAUCCAUUUGCUCUCUCUGACAAAAAGGUUUCCCGCCUUUAUUAUAGGCAGUGCAAUUAGUUCCAAACCUUUACAGUAAGCAAAUGUAUUCUCAUUGACUUUGAUUUUUCUUUUGUACUUAUUUUUAUAAGUUAUGAGAAAAUAAAUCUGCCAUUUUGCAAUAGCCAUAGUGUAACUGUUUUUUUUUCUAGGAUCUAAUAGUAACAGAGGAUUCAUGUCAGUUUAAGUUUUAAUAUUCUAUGUGCAUAUAUUCAUUUUGUUGACCUUAAAUUGAACCGCACAAA